AGUAGAUGAUUAAAUGAGCUAGUGGCCAAUUGAUAAAAAUAUAGCAUUGUAGCAAGAUGAAGUCAGAGACCGAUCAGCAACUGCCCAAGAUUAACUUUUCCGGCCUGGUCAUCGGCACAUCAGAAUGGAAUGCAGUGCGAGCAGAGGUCAUAACCGCACUCAAUAUUUAUGGUACCUUUGAGGCUGUGUAUGAUCCACUACUGGAUCCGAAGCUGAGGGAGCAGGUAUUCAAAAAAGCCAUCACCGACUUGUUUGACCUGCCCGCCGAUGUCAAGUCUCUCUCCGCAACCUACCACAGUAAGCUCUAUGUUCCAAACGUGGAGGCUUUCUUUAUCUACGAAGAAAACAAGCAGAGUAUUCCCAGUUUCACUGCUCUCAUGUGGCCUCAAGGAAACACUCACUUCUGUGAGACGAUGGAAAGAUACGUGGAGGCAUUGAAAGAAUUGGAUCAAAUGAUAAAAAAGAUGAUAAUGGAGGCUUUGGGAGUUGAGGACAAGCAUUAUGAUGAGAUGAUUCAGAAGACAGAAUACUCAUUGAGUGCAUCUCAUUACAAAACUGAGGAGGAUCAUAAAGAUGAUCAUCAAUAUAUGGGAUCGCACACUGAUCCUACUGUCAUCACCAUUGUUGGGCAAGAUGAACUUGAUGGUCUUGAGGUUCUGAUCAAGAGUACUGGUCAAUGGAUUAGGCCUGCCCCUUAUUGUUUCAUUGUUCUAGUCGGAGAUUCUAUGGAGGCAUUGACAAAUGGGAGGAUGCAAGCAACAAGUCAUCGGGUUGUUAAGAACAAAAAUAAUAGUAGAAGAUAUGAGACUCUAUUUAUGUCAAUAGCGGCAAAAGGGUUCAUUAUACAAGCUCCUUCAGAGUUAAUUGAUGAGACACAGCCGGCCAGCACUAUAUAAGACGUUUGAUUUUAGUAACAAUUUUCAAUUUUUCAUCUCCGACGAGCGUUUCAAGACAAACACAAACAAACCACUUAAGACCGUUUGUGGCAUCGAGAAUCAUGGUUGAUCAUCUAUUUUGUUGGUUGUGCUUGUACGGGUUAUAUAUUAAUUAUGUGUCUCAUAAUAAUGUCAUGUACUCAUCUAUUUUACUAUGUUGUGGCUGCUAUAUAUUUGACUAUAUAUGUUGUAGCUUGUAAUGAAAUGUGGUUUAUGGGGUAAAUUUUUUAGUAAGUCACUAAACUUUGGCUCA